AUGACUACAACUGUACCACAGCAAGAAGAUGUGAUCUCAUUAGAAGUUAUUACAAGCCCACUAGAAGCAGUAAAGGCAGAGGGUCAAGAUGAAAAGACACAAGAUCAAACGCAUACAGUAGACCAAAUACAUAAACUUCCAGAAACACAAGAUAGAGAGCAACAUUGGCUGACAAAAGAAACGCACCUGUUACCCAAGAAUAAUAUUUGGAUCGUCUUACCGGGUUUAUUCUUAGUAACAGGUUUGGCAGCGUUAGAUCAAACGAUUGUCACUACGGCAAAUCCAACGAUUGCGGCAGACUUGCAUGGUGGACCAACUUCGAUCUCUUGGGUUGGAUCAGCAUAUCUUCUCGCAUCUACUGCUGUCAUACCAUUGUGCGGCAGACUAUCAGAUCUUAUUGGCAGGAAACCAGUCCUUUGGUCUGCCAUCUUUUUGUUCUUGUUCGGUUCAACGAUGUGUGGUGUAGCAAAGAAUAUGACCUGGCUCAACAUUUGCCGUGGCUUGCAAGGUGUAGGCGCAGGCGGAACGGAAAAUAUGGUGAAUAUUUUGUUAGGAGACAUUUUCCCGUUAGAGAAACGAGGCUUCUACGGUGGACUAUUUGAUCUCGUUUGGGCAUUCUCUGGUCUGAUCGGACCUUUGAUAGGAGGUGCACUGUCGCAAUCAGGCUCGUCUUGGCGCUGGUGCUUCUUUAUCAAUUUGCCGAUUGGUGGUCUUGCUUUUCUAGUUUUGGCUUUCAACUUGAAAUUGAACCCGAUGCAGAAAAGGCCGUUAGAGGAAGUUUGGAAAACAUUCGACAAAGGUGGCUACCUUUUCUUAUUGGCGGGAAUCGUCUUGUUUUUGUUAGGAUUCACCUUUGCUGAGUCACACGGCUUUUCAGAGUUGAAAGCGAUUCUUUGCAUUGCUAUCGGAGGGGCUCUCUUUCUCGUUUUUGCUCUUUACGAAUGUGCAAUGGAAAGAUACUUUCCUGACAAGACUCAAACAAUCUUUCCUUCAAGAUUAUUUCGGAAUCGGACAACACUGCUUAUGUUUUUGGGUAUCAUUUGUCGUGCUCCAGCAUUUAUGGCAACGGUGUUCUAUUUGCCUGUCUAUUAUCAAGCAAUCACAGGUGCAUCUCCUGUCAUGAGUGGUGUGAAAAUGCUAGCGCUUACUCUUUCCUGCUCAUUAUCUGCUUUGAUCUCGGGUUACAAUAUUUCCAGAAUUCGACGUUGCCAUCCUACGAUUGUCAUUUCUUUCGUCAUAAUGACUAUAGGCACGGGGUUGAUGACCAUGUUGCAUGCUGAUACGCCUUCUGUUCUGCAAGCUAUUUAUCCAAUUAUCUUUGGAAUUGGUUUUGGGGUUAUUUCUCAAUCUGGUGUCAUGGUCAUUCAAGCUGCAAUGCCUGUCAAAGAGAUGGCAGUUUCAGGAUCUGCCGUUUAUCUGGUCCGUUUUGCCUCCUUUACCGUUGGCGUGGCAGUAGCCGGAAGUAUAUUCAAUUCAGGCGUACGCUCCAAUACAGCAAACAUCACCGGUUAUGAUCGAGCAGGAUUACCGGCUGAUCAAUCGAACUUGCGCAACUUGAUUCAUUUACAACCUCCAGAACUAGCUUUCCAAGUUCUCAAAGCUUACAGUGAUGCAAUUCGAUCGAUUUGGAUCGUCUUCACGCCUAUCGUUGGAAUUGGAUUUUUGGCUGUUUUGGGUAUACGUGAAUAUAGCAUGACAAGGAAUACCGUUCAACAACAAUAG